CUGAUUUACACUCACAAAAUAGUUGCUACAUUAAUUCCACCUGAAUCCGACAAUAGUUCAUAUGCGCUGGGUGGGUGUGUCAUAUAGAAUGUGAAACUGAGUAUUUCCUGCUAUGCGCUCAGUUCCUUUUAGACUAGACAGAGUAUAGGAGGGAUGGCGGAGAAGGGGCUUGACUCAAAUGGCUCAGUUGGUCGGAGGUGUCCCGCCCUGUCUCCUGGAGAGAGAAUGCAGUCAUCUGGAACCGGGUCGUCAAAAUGGGUUCGCCUUAACGUCGGCGGCACAUACUUUCUUACGACGAGACAAACGUUGUGCAGAGAUCCAAAAUCUUUUCUUUACCGACUGUGCCAGGCCGACCCCGACCUCGACUCUGACAAGGAUGAAAUGGGAGCCUAUUUAAUAGACCGAGACCCAGCCUACUUUGGUCCAGUACUGAAUUACCUGAGGCAUGGAAAGCUAGUGCUCAACAGAGGCCUUGCAGAAGAAGGUAUUCUGGAAGAGGCGGAGUUCUACAACAUCACUUCGUUGAUAAAAUUAGUCAAAGACAAAAUCAGGGAGAGGGACUGCAAAACGGCUCAGAUCCCUGUGAAACAUGUGUACAGAGUCUUGCAGUGCCAAGAGGAGGAACUAACACAGAUGGUCUCCACAAUGUCUGAUGGGUGGAAGUUUGAACAGCUGGUCAGUAUCGGCUCAUCAUAUAACUACGGGAACGAGGACCAGGCAGAGUUCCUCUGUGUUGUCUCCAAGGAGCUGCAUAAUCAGUCGUAUGGAACAAGCAGCGAGCCGAGCGAAAAGGCCAAGAUCCUUCAGGAACAAGGCUCUCGAAUGUGAAUCAACUGUGAUUUUAGGUGGUUCAGAACUACCAGUGCAUCACAUGCUUGAGAUCACAAUAGAAAGAAAAUUUGCAAAGAUUGAAGGUAAAUAAUUUGUAAUGGACAUUUUUUUUCCCCCCCUUUCUUUCUUUUUGGGUCACUGACAUUUUGUUUGAGCCUGCACAGCAAAACGACUAUUUCUAUGUUUUUGUUUCAUGUUUAUGGAAGGGGCACGUGAGUAAUUUUGGUCAUCUGAAUGGUUGUAAUAUGCAUGUCAUUACUUAUAAGAUGCGCUAAAAAGGCCUUCAUAUCUGGGCCACAAUUUUCUCAGGGUCUUUAUUGACUUUCUGAAAAUAUUUUAAUAAUGAAACUUAUGGUCCAGUAAGAAAUUGUUUUUGUCCCCCAAAAUAUCACAAUAUGUAUAUUAUGUUACAGUGGAACAGGGUGGGUGUGUGUUAAAAAUGCUGUCAAGGUGAGAUGUAUGGUGUUGAUCAAUGGUGAUUACCAGUGAAGGGUUUUUUUUUCAUACUUUUAACAGUGAAAGAUAUUGUAUUUUAGCAUGCAGAAUGUGGAGGUGAUCAAAAUUUUCUUGGACCAGUCUAGUGUUAGUUUUCAUACCAGGCAAAGAAGAAAGCAUCUGUAUCUACUUGUCUCAAGGUUGCAGUACUGGAGUCUUUUAAAUUAUUAUUUAAUUUUUUUUAGAUCAUUUUGCUGCAGGAAAAGUAAGUUCUGAAAAAUGCUGAAAGACUGUGGUGAAUCUUUUGUCUUCCAUCCUUGGGUUGAUUCCUAAUAACCUCUACUGGAACUGUUCUUUCUUUGGUAGUUUUGGAGAGGGGAAAACUUCUUAAAGAAAUAUUCUGGGCUAACUUUAACUUGUAUCUUUAGCUACAGCAAACUGUGUUUAUUACAAAAAAAAAUAUCAACAUUUCACUUAAAUCAAGUUUGGUUAUUCUGUUUAAGAUGUGUCUAUAAAUUUUAAAGCAGCACCAGACAGGUCCAGUAGUCAGUAUCAUAAAUGCAUUUAAAAGACUGGCAGUUUAGGAAAUUUUUUAAUAGGCUGUUUGUAUGAAAUUUUUAUAUUCCCCCUAGAUCUAAAUAAUAGUUGUGGCUACAUUGAUUAAAGAUCCCACAAAUUUCCAUCAGGAAAUGCAAAAUGCUAAAACUACUUGUUAAGAACUAAAAUCUAAUUUUCAAAAAAAAAAAAAAAAUCAGUUAAAAAAAAUUAAGAAAAAUGUUUCACAUCUCUGUUUUUGUUGCUAACUGCUUGCCCUGUAAGUAUGUUUUGAAUAUUGUUUUCUGCUCCAUGUGCAUGGAAAUGUUGUCUGGUAAUACAAUUUUAACUCCUGUUGUGGUAAAUGGAUAUCAAGUUACAAAUAGUCUAGAAUAUUCCUUAAUGGUUUCAUUGAUGGAUCAACACUGAAGACUCCCCAAAAUCCCAGCCUUUGUAACUGCAAAAGCCUUGCUUUUAAGGUGACUGAAUCAGGUUUUGGCUCUGCUAUUAGAAAUCUGCUUUUAGUGACAUGACAGCGACUGUUAUUUGGUAGUGUGUUUUUUUUUUUUUUUUUUCGUUUUUUUUUUUGAGGUUAUUUUUAUGUUUAGUAAAAGACAGGAAAAACAUUAGCUUUUUUUUCUGUCUGUGCUAGUUUGGCACAGUUCCACUAGAGUGCAUCAGUUUUACUAGCUGGUCAACCUGGCACUAAAAUUCUUAUCAUUCUCGCAGUCUGUUGAUGUUUUGAGGAUCCAUAUUUUACAGAUGCCAACACAAGCUGUUUGGUAAAAUUAAGCUUGAAUCAGUGUGUCAGCUGAUACUCUUGAGUAUUUUGUAUUGGUAUAGGCUUUUGGUAAGGAUGGUAUCCAUACACCCUUAAUUCACAAGCAGACAGAGUUUGUUAUAGUUGGAAAAUAUGUUCUGAUCGGUACACCAUAUGGCUACAUACUGUAUGGUGACUUCAGAUUGUAGCAGUAUGCAAUCCAAUAGAAUUGAAGCUCUAAGCUUAUGAUUUGCAACACCUUUUAAAAAUGUACAAUCAUUUCUUUGGUUCAACUCUUGUGUAGAUGAAUGUUCUUAUGAAAUAUACACAUCAUUGUCUCUUUUUAUAGAACAUUUUUGAAAAUGUUGCCUUUAAUUAAUGACCAACAAAAUGUUAGAAUCUUAUUUUGAAAUGUGGUCAGGAACAAAAGCAAGCAACUUUGCCUGGCCUACAAACAGAUCUAUUUCACAAUGUAUAUAAAUACUAAAGAACGUAAUAUAUUCAGAUGUUAUCAGUGCAUGCUAUUUUUCCUAAGUCUCCUUCACACACAAAGGGCUUUUAAUAGUGGAAUACAAGCUAUAACUCUUGAAGAGGUCCGGCUGGCCUCUAUAUUGCCUGAUAAAGGCUAAGUUUACAUUGCUAGUGUUUUUCUAAUCAAUAAGCUUUCACAUUUACUUUGAGUGUGGCACCACCCUGCAGGUUUUGGCUAGUUUGAAUACCUAUGUUUACAUAUCCUCUUAAUUACCUAGCUAAUUAACUGUCGACCCUGUGUCUUAGCCCAGAGAGCUUUGACUCCUUCUCAGUGGUAUAAUGAGUGGCUUGCUCUGAGUCGCUGUCUUGGGAAGCAUGCCUCCAGCCUGAGAGGUAUCCCCACACAGGGCUUCUGGCUGCGACCCCCACGGUCCUGGCUUCACACGUCCAGAUCGUCUGAGACAUUGGAGCGGUUAGAGACUCGUGGCGCAGUAUACUUUUCCAUGUCUUUGGUUGUGCCUGAGCUCAUGGGGAAGUGUGUGUGUGUGUGUGUGUGUG